GGCGGGCUUGAGCGGGGCAGUAAGCGGCGAGGGCACGAAUCGAGCUGACCGCCGUCGCCUCCUGCCUGUUUACAGAGAGGAUGGCACGCUGGUUUCGCUGACCCAGGAAAAGCGCUGUCGGCAGUCGGUACCAUGGAGGCUGGCCCAGACGGUUACUAUGCUGGUGUAAACAUCGGAGGGAUGUCUUUUGAUAUGUUUAAUAAUGGGGUCUCAAAUUCAGACUUGUACUUCUCAAAUUAUAAGCAGGUAAAGCAAGCAGGAGAUAACACAGAGCCAUGCCAGAUCUACACAUCUACCUUUGCUUCAGAUCAUUUCUCAGGCGCUUGUACUUCUUGGUCAACACAUGAAGAAGAAUCUCCCGAAUAUGCGUGUUUACAAAGCACUGUGAAGGACAGGGGUCUUGUGGAGGGAAACGAGGGUGACAGUGAAGCUGAUCUCUAUGGUUUGGUGUCGGACAUAUUAGAAGAGCCUGACAAAACGGAGUCCAUUUUUCCUGAGGGGACUGCCGCCUCCAGUUUAAAAUCAAUAUGGUCUUCAAACCUAAAGAGAGAGGUCUAUCAGCAAAUGUUUCAUUCCGACCACAACAAAACUUCUCUGCACGGCUCCUACCUGCAGCCCUCGGUGUGCCCGGAUGCGUACAACCGGAGUCGGAGACAGUACUUCAAUGACGAGUCUGCAGCGGCCCAGCUGAAGGCAGAAGAGCUCUACCAGAGGUUUGGCGCCUUUGAUGUCAACGAUUACUGGCUUUGCCCCAAUGGGAACAGCAGCUACUACCCUUUUAAGGACCUGGAGAUGUCUGCCGUUCAGUCUGCGGAUGCCUCCUAUGCGGACAGCGUUUUCACUCCACCUCAGAUCAAGCCGCUGCCUGCUGCAAUGAGAGGCUUACAGGGACCCAGCAUGUCCAGCUACGCGAUGGAAGGCUUGUUUGAUUGUGCCGACGCACAGCCUGUUGACUCCACCGAGGCAAUCUCAGGUGGCUUCAUGCCCCCCAAACUUAACAAUGCCUAUUGUGCUCCCUACCCAGACUUUUAUCAGUACAAUAGAAUGAAUGACAAUUUCAUGCAAUUCCCCAUGCAAGAAGGAAAAGCGAUAACAAGUAACCUGCCGCCGGCACUGCACAUGCAGCUCGACGCCAACAAAGGGUUUCAAGAGAAGCAGGAGCUGAGCAAACAAUACGAAGAGCACUUGAGUGAUCAGCAGAACUUGAAAUACGUCCGGGCAACUGCUGCCGACAUUCAGAAGAAGCUGUUCAAGAAGGAGAUGAUGCUAAGCGGGGAUUUUAAUGUGAGAAACAUUCCUGACUGUCAGAUCAAGGCACCACACCUAGUAGGCGACUACGGGAAGAAGCAAUUAGCAGCACUCGGUGCCCAGCACGCCGAUCACCUGAAAGCCCCGACGAGCGCCUCGUGCUCUGUAUAUUCAGAUAGCCUGUUUCAGAAUGCCACCGCCUGGUCAAACGUGCCCAAGUCGUCACUUUAUCAGACUCCCGGGAAGCAGUUUGAGGGCAGCCACCCAGAGGGGCACAGCCAGGCGCCCGGCAUGUCAAAGAUGAUGGCACACCCAGUGCCAGAGUUUGCAGCACCCGUUCAGCAGACUGGCAGGAGUUCCUUGUACUUCACCGAGUCCGGCUCAGACGACAGCUCCAGGUUUUACUGUCCAGAAUUUGUUUAUAAAAGCCCACACCAAAACCCCCCGAAAGUGGGGGAGGCAAAGAGCAAAGCGGCAGAAGGAAGCGAAUACGAGAUUUCAGCCGAUAAAAGGUCCAAGCCCGAAAGUCUCGUCUGUGAGGCUCUCUGCGCUCCGCACUUUGGGCCCAGCGAUAUCAACGAGAAGCAGAACCGUCAAAAGAAAAACGCCAGUAACAGUAAGAAGGUUAGAGACUUGCUGCAGCAUCCCUACCUGGAGCUGUGCCACGGCUCAAAAAGAGGAGGCGGCAUGCCCGCUCAAGCAAAACUACUAUGCCCCAGGUAUGCGGGCACAUCAGGGAACGCUCGGAGCUCAAACAGCCUGCCGGCCACCUCGGGUUUGCCCGUGGACCUCUUUGAACUCCUGCCAAGUGAUGAACUGCACCCUUUACACCCGUAUUUUACCGAUUUACUUUGUGGCGAUGUACCCCUGGCAUUGCCUCCGUCUCUUCAGAUUCCCAGGCUGCUGAAGAGCCGGAGCGCCGGACCUGCUAAUGAGCUUCACACCCAACUGGAGGAGUGCUACGAGCAAUGGAGACUGCUGGAGAAAGAACGAAAGAAGGCUGAGAUUAUUCUGGCCAAGAUCCAUCCUGGCAAGAGAAUUGCAAGUGGCAACAGCAACUCCACCCCGAGACUGCCCCCUAACCCCUCCAGAGUGGACCACCUCAUUGUUGAACAGCUACGUGGCCAUGCCAAGAUUUUAAACUUGCUUGGGAAAAUGGAGCAUCUGCGCUGCUUUUCUCUUCACUCGAAGAUCUACAUGGCACUUGAUCAGUACUUGAAGUCCAUCUACAUCACACAAGCACGGCGGAAAGACGAAAUAAUCAACAUUUCCAGUCGUCAGUGCCAAGCGGCAUCGAGAUAUCAAGAAGAUCGAGAUAUCCUGGUCCUGGCUGCAGCCGUGAAGGAGAUGAGCGUCGCGACCAGGAAGGCUCGGACCGUGCUGUGGUGUGCCCUGCAGAUGACCCUCCCGAAGGGGGCCGCGGCUGCCGGCGAGGGACAGGAGGACCCGCCCAGAGUGUUAGCGGACUUGGGAGGCUUCAAGGAGGAAAGUGUCGAGUAUAAGAGCGCCCAGCAUGAGGGCAGUCCGAGUGUGUGA